AUGGAGCAAGAGCAACGCAAAAUGCAGGUGAGUCGGAAGAGUUCCUACUUCCAAAACAAUUGAAUAGUUUCAGAAUAGCCAGAAGAGAGGGAGGUCAAAGUCGGGGAAGAGGAAGAAGAUUCGUCCGUCCGAAAUGGUGACGGAACGUCCGCGAACCCGUUCGCUUUCCAGAUAUUCUCACGAGAAUAGUAGGUUUAUUUGCCUUUUCACUCCCGAACACAAAUUGGUCCCCCUUCAAUGAAGUUCCUCGGCCAUUCACGGACUGCUUGCAGACGGACUCCGAAUUUGUUUUGUUUGCGGAGAGCAAUACGACGACUCGAUCAUUGAAGAGCACAAAGAGAAAUGUUAUGGCGGUGGGUUCGAGAAACGGAAGAAAAUAGAUGAAAACUGGCAAGGGAAAUGAAAAAGGAAAGAGGGAAAGGGGCCUGCUUUGCUUUUGCCAAAUGUUGUUCGAUUUUGAAAAAAGAAAAGAUUGAGUUGAUGAAUAAGAGAUAUUUUAAGUGAUUCAUGAAGUUUCUUUUAGACUGGACGCGAUUAGCGAAAACGCUGGCAGUCCGAUUCCACAUUCACCAGCCGAAGACGCUGAACACUCCGAGUGUGGACGGGACGAUCGACGUCGCCCGCGAGAACAUGCGGGCGGUGCAGAGUUCGCACAACUGCCAGCUCGUCCGAUGCCGAUGCUGCAACGCGCGGAUCGCCCUGCAACACGCGCCUUCCCAUCAGUGCGUUCGCUUCGAACCGACCAUCCAAUUCUACUGUUGA